AUGAUGGGGAUGAUGGGGGAUGGAGAUGAUGGAGAUGAUGGGGAUGAUGGAGAUGAUGGAGAUGAUGGAGAUGAUGGGAUGAUGGGGGUGAUAGGGAUGAUGGGGAUGAUGGGGGUGAUGGGGAUGAAUGAUGGGGGUGAUGGGGAUUAUGGGGACGAUGGGGAUGAUGGAGAUCAUGGAGAUGAUAGGGAUAAUGGGGGUGAUGGCGGUGAUGGGGAUGUUGGGGGUGAUGGGGAUAAAGGGGAUGAUGGGGAUGGAAGGGAUAAAGAGGGUUAUGGGGAUGAUAGGGAUGAUGGGGUUGAUGGGGAUAAAGAGGGUAAUGGGGGUGAUGUGAUGUGGAUGAUGGGGAUGAUGGAGAUGAUGGAGAUGAUGGGGGUGAUGGGGAUGAAGGGGCUCAUGGAGAUGAUGGGGAUUAUGGAGAUGAUGGGGAUGAAGGGGGUAAUGGGGGUGAUGGAGAUGAUGGGGAUGACGGGGGUGAUGGGGAUGAUGGGGAUGAUGAUGGGGAGAUGGGGGAGAUGGAUGAUGGGGGGUGAUGGGGAUGAUGGGGUUGAUGAUGAGGGGAAUGAUGUGUCUGAUGAGGAUGAUGGGUGUGAUGAGGAUGAUGGAGAUGAUGGAGAUGAUGGGGUGAUGGGGAUGUUGGGGGUGAUGGGGGAUGGAGAUGAUGGAGAUGAUGGAGAUGAUUGA